GUUAGACAAAUGGUGGCAUGUGCGACUUUUAUGCCAUUCCGAUCAUCCUGACGUUAUUUUUGAAUUUGAAAGCCAACGACAAAAAGCAGCUGAAUAGUAUAAGAUGAUAUAAGAGAAUUAGUGAGUAAGUCCCUACUUGUACACCAAUCCCAAUGACACAAGCCAAAAUAAAUACAUGUUGAGUCUAUUUACUUAAUCACUAGCUCGUUGGACUGUGAAAUAAAUGGACCGUGAACCAGUUGUUGAUCAUGUGGCGACUCACGAAGACAGGUGAAAAUGAAAGGCUGCUCAGGCAAAGGGAAAUUAUUGAGAGAGAAUUGUCUUUUUAUACAACCAGUAAUAAAACCACAAAGCAGGAUAUAAGAUAUAGUGAUGAAUAGAUAUUUGAGAACAUUUAUAACUGGAUCUUAUUUUGGGAUAAUAUUAUAUUAUAAAAUGAGGCAGAAAUUGUAAGACUGAGACGGACGUUGGAUUGAAACGUAAAGAUGGUUUCACAGUUUUUUGGCAUCGUCAGCAAGGUCGCUAAGCUCGAAGUACGGACCGACGACGAUUGGUGUGAUAGGUUAUGCCACAGAUAUACGACGAUAGUGCUCGUCAUAUUUGCAAUAGUAGUCAGUACGAAACAGUACGUAGGGGACCCAAUAACGUGUUGGUGUCCUGCGCACUUUACCAGUCAACAUGUGCAGUACACAGACGAUGUAUGCUGGAUAUCAAACACAUACUACCACCCCAUGCAUGACCCUGUGCCACGAGAGAAUGAGCCACGUGACUUCGAAGUCACAUAUUACCAGUGGGUGCCAAUGUUCCUGCUCAUCCAAGCAGUUCUAUUCUACAUCCCCAAUAUGCUAUGGCAUGUCUUCAAUGACAAGGCAGGGGUCAACAUUCAUAACAUAAUUGACGCAGCUAGUAUAUUAGCACAAGUCUAUUCUGAGUCGAGAGAAAAGACGAUGAAAUACCUACUAAGACAUAUGGAUCGCUAUCUUGAUAGCAAUCGGGAAUAUAGAAAUAAUUGCAUAAUACGAAUCAAACAGUUCCUAAGUCAAAACUGCUGUAUGAUUUGUGGAAAACGCUAUGGGAAUUAUUUAAUAGUGCUGUAUUUGGUUAUCAAGUUGUUUUAUUUAGCAAACGUUAUUGGACAGCUGUUCCUUCUGAAUGCUUUCCUCGGGACUAGGUACAACAUGUACGGAUUCUCAGUACUCCGGGACCUCGUCAAUGGCUCUGAUUGGCAGACAAGUGAGAUCUUCCCCAGAGUGACGCUUUGUAGCUUUAAGAUACGGGCUUUGGGAAAUGUCCAAAGGCACACAGUACAAUGCGUUCUACCAAUAAAUCUAUUCAAUGAAAAAAUCUACAUUUUUAUUUGGUUUUGGUACGUUUUUGUUGCCGUAUCAGUGUUGGGCAACUUCUUACAAUGGUUUUGGCACUCGUUUAGAGUCGCAAGGAUACGGUAUAUCAAGAAGCACUUAAAAGUAAUGGAUCGUAUCACUGGUGAAGCCGAUAAAAAAUUAUUCCAAAAAUUUACAGAACGCUACUUGCGUCAGGAUGGGUACCUUAUAUUGAGGUUGAUUUCUAAAAAUGUGAGUGAUUUAGUGGUAGCAGAAGUGAUAGCAGGGCUAUGGGAUAACUAUAAACGAAACAGACCAAUGACCCUGCGAGGGGGGACAGACGAUGAGAGUAAUAUCUGAUAUCAAAACGGAUGGGUUCCUAAAUGAUCUUCUUCACCAAAUUAAAAUCAGGCUCCAUACAGCCAAUGGAGUUUGAUUGACAUAUACAAGCGGAUGCAGCCGACAUGCGAGCGAUGUACACAUAUUUAAUGACGCAGUCCGGGGACAUCACGCGAGAGCGUCGCAUCGGCUCAAUCCACCCAAGAAUGAGAUGUCCAUUUGGAUGCAUGACAAGUGACGCGUCUUCUUUACACGUCUGUAAAAAUAUGUAAGAUCAAGCCAGAGAGGAUCUACUACAUAGGCCGGACAAGGAGUUGCACCGUGUCCGUUACACAGUUAAGACCUUGUGAAUCUCAUCAGGAUAGAAGAAUAGAAGAGGAACAGCGAACAAGGGGACAAACAGAACAAAUUAUUAAUACCACGUAAUGCCAUAUUAUUAGUCUUCCAACGGAACACUGCUUUGUGCACAACUAUGCAUGUUACAUCUUCAAUUUGAUCAUCACGCUUUGGUUCAGUAUAUAAGAUACAUGUACAAAUACUACGACUACCAUAAUCUAUGCAAUUAAUCUAAAAGUCAUGAACUUGUAAAUAUUGGUGUUAGAUAUAAAUAAUUGUAUCCAGGUAAGGCCCGUAUGACCUUAUUUGGAAUAUUGAUCUCAAAGGUUAAAGGUCAUAGACCAAAGGUCACAAAGGUCAAUGUCCCUAGGAACCCAUCCAGAGAAGAUAUGUAAUUUUCCAGUUUAAAUUCUAAUUGAAUUGUCAUACACUUUAAUGUUUUUGUUGUUAGUAGUCGUCCGUUUAGAAUGUUAUAGUUUAACUUGCAAUCGAAAUGUCAUGUUCUAGAUCUAGCCUAGCGAAUUGUAUAAUUCAUACGAAGGAAGACUCAGUUAAAUGAUCACUCCCUCAAUAUCUUACUGGAGUUCUUAAGUCAACUAGCUUAGCGAGUUUUACAUUUUUGAGGUAUAAGUGGAGCACUAAAACAAAGAGAUGCCACAAAGGAAUAUACGAGUAUUAUUGAAACGAGAGACGGUAGAUCCAAAUUCCAAUUCUAAAUCCGUUAAUGUAUACGUUAUAUGUUUAUCAAAAUCACCACUUGGAUCUUUGGCCAAAUAAAUCUAAUAUAAUAUACAGAAUAUGAUUUAUGCCCCAUCACAGAUACAUAUACCAUGCCCCAUCACAGACGAUGGUGAGCAUUGGUUGAUUGGCGUAUUGGUAUUGAUGUAUCUUGGUGUAGUGUAUCUUCUUGUUCAUACAGAUCAAACAUAUUUAUUCAGAAUAAAU